GCUGUUGUCUGCCGCAUCCCCAAUUUGAAUGUCUCUUCCCCCUUUCACACUUGCAUUAUUUGCAUAGCAAUUUGUACAAGCAUUCCCUCGUCUCCCUCGCCCUCUUUCUCAAUGCAUCACCUGACUCUCCCAUAAAAAUUCCAUAACACCUAACAUUCCUCCCCUUUCGCUUUCUCACCUGAUCACCAGAUAGUGAAAGUAAUGGCCGCUGUGAGUUCAAGAGGUGGAAGAAACUCUGAAGGAGUCCAGAUUCCGAGGAACAGAGAAACCAGUCCAGAGAGAUGCAGAGUAGCAUGGAGCGAAUCCAAUAAGUUGUCCAGAAAAGUCCCUGUAGUUUACUAUCUGUCCAGAAAUGGUCAGCUUGAGCAUCCCCAUUUCAUGGAGGUCCCUCUCUCUUCUAAUGACGGCGGCCUCUACCUUAGAGAUGUAAUCAACCGGUUAGACCUCCUUCGAGGCAAAGGCAUGGCUGGCCUCUACUCCUGGUCCUCUAAACGGAGCUACAAAAACGGCUUCGUUUGGCACGACUUAGCCGAUAACGAUUUCAUUCACCCAGCUCACGGUCACGAGUACGUUCUCAAAGGAUCAGAGCUUCUCGACCAUUCUAACAAACAGCUACUCCUCGAAACGAAACCUCAAGAAACUCUCCAAUCAUCAUCCAACAGUCAAGACUCGGAUUUUCCAGUUACCUCGAGGCGUAGGAACCAGUCCUGGGGCUCAAUCGAUCUUAACGAGUACAAAGUUUACAAGGCUGAGUCGCCCUCCGAGUCGAAUCGGAAACUCGCUGCUGACGCGUCGACUCAGACUGAUGAAAGCAGGAGGAGGAGGAGGCAGGCCAAACCUGUAGUCGAAGGAUUGCAGGAAGAGAAGAAAAAUAGUCAGGAACUGGAGGUGAACGGAGAAGAGAUUAUUGAGAUUUCACCCCCGCCGUCAGAUUCCAGCCCAGAAACUUUGGAGUCUUUGAUGAAGGCUGAUGGACGGGUGAUUUUGGGCGCUAGUGGUGAAGGGAGUGGCUUGAAUUUGAGUCAAACGGUGGGGAACUGUGGGAGGAUGAAAGCGUCUACGGUUCUGAUGCAGUUGAUAUCGUGCGGUUCGAUCUCGUUCAGGGACUGUGGGGCUACGGCAGUGAAGGAGCAAGGAUUGUCGUUGAUUACUGGACCAUAUAAGGGGAGAUUGCCACGUGGAGGGAACCGCGAGGGAACACCGAGGGAAAUUUCGAACAGGGUAAAAUUGGAAGAUAAGGAGUAUUUUAGUGGGAGCUUGAUCGAGACAAAGAAGGUGGAGGUGCACGCUUUGAAUUUGAAGAGGUCCAAUUCCUAUAAUGCCGAUAGGAGCUCGCAGCUGCACUUGGCAGAAAAGGAGAUUGAGGGGGUGCGCACCAAAUGCAUACCAAGGAAGUCAAAAGCAAUGGCAAUCAGAAAAGAAAGCAACGUUAAUGUUGUUGUUGAUCACAAUAAUAAUAAUAAUAAUAAUAAUAAUAACGGCAGUCAAGCAGGGAGCAGAAGACUCGAGGUCCAACAAGUCGAAGAUGUGGCUCGAUGAUGAGAUUGUGAAACCUGAUGCUGUAGCACGUUGCUUUUUGUAAAUUUACUCUGUAGCAUGGAACUGGAAAGAGAAAACUAAGAACAUAGGUAAAAGAAAACAAGGAAAUUAAUGGCGUUCAAGAAAGUGAUGCGUAGCUGCAACGGCACGGCGAGCACGCACAUUGAGGGUAAAAGUAAGAGCUGGGACUCGAUGUGAGAGAGAGGGGCUGUAAAGGUAGCUAAUUUCAUGGAAGUUUGUGUAUUAAUAUUUCAUCUGAGUUUAGAGCUGUGAGCUGGAGAAUAGGGUCAAUAUUCCGUACAGAGGUAUUUGUGGAAGUUGAAUACAUAAUCUUUUUAUUUAGCCUGUACUAAAUUAAAGAUUGUUUAACUAUUUUGUAGUUUGUACUCGUGAUUUUUGACUUUGAAACACGGGACACAAAAUUUUGUCCUAGGUGUUAUCGUUAACCA